AUGCAACACGAUGGCCAUGCGCACGAGGCAAACGCGCCACACCUGCACGGCGAGGGCGAUGCGCACAAGAUGCUCAAAGGAUAUGAUGACCUUCCUUCAUCAACCUCCGCGCUUUUGCAACCUUUGCUCAACUCCGGUCGCCAUGCUGAUGACAUCUCUAGCCAAAAACGGGCCCUCGCUUCCGCUUCUGGCAGCAGCGCAACGAACAAUUCCGUGGAAGAGAGCAGCAGCUAUGAACCCACUCUGGAAAUCAGGCGCCCCUCAUCAGGUGGAGGCCUCCACAGUGACGGAGAUGAUGGCGGCAGCAGCGGCGACGGUGGACCAUUAGCCGAGGGCACUGCCACCACCGCCACGAGCAACAACAGUAGCAGCAGUAGCAGCAGCAGCGCGCUGUCCCCGCCGUCGCCGCCGCCUCGGCUGUAUGUCCCGCAGUUCGACCCUCACACUCACCAGCAGCUAGUUUGCAGCUAUGACCGAGUCACAGCUCCGGAACCCGCUAUCGGCUGUGGACCAAACAGAGUGGAGGUCGAAUUCCAAGCUCUGAUCGUGGGGGGAAGGGGGGAAGCUGGGGGGGGUUUGUCGGCGCCGCCGCCACCAGCCGCCAGCGACAACGACAAUGACGGGGGCGGGGGCGGCGGCGGCGGCAGCGGCGGCGGCGGCGGCGGAUCAACACCUCCGGCGGCGGCUGACGUCCCUUUGCGCAUGGCCGAUCCGCAACCGGCGUCGACAACGUGCAAAUGCGCCGCUGCCACCGCCGCCGCCGCCGCCGGUGAUGGCGACGGCGGCGGCGGCGGCGGCUGCGCCGCCGGUCUCGUGCCCUUGAUUGCCACGAUCGUUCCUCUACAGAACGCCGUGAGCAGUACAACCGCCAGCGACAGUAACAGAAACGACGGUCCUGCUACGUUUUCCAGGGCCAAUGUUACAUUGUGGCCCAGCGGCAGCUACGGCAGUAGUGACGGUGGCGGAGGUGAACCGGCGCCGUUUGUAAGAUGCGUGAAGCCCCCGCUGUACGACAAGUUUAGUCGCCGAUUCGUCUUCUCAGCUUGCUGGCGAUAUGCCUGCUUGCCAGCGGCGCUUACUCGGCGGCCGUACGAACUUAUGCUGGGCCCGGUGUCGUACACGGCGGCGGUGACGCCGUUGCCAGCCGGCAGAUACCGUAUGACCACGUCGCUGCCGUACGGUGUUGGCAUGUCGUACGAGUACACGACGGCGGUAGGCGGUCCUUGGACGACAGUAACCGCCAACCGCUCCGAUGGCGGCGGCGGGCUCGUAGUGAAUUUGCCGUACUUGGGAGCGGGGCAGAUGAGAAUUCGGAUUCAAAUUCCCUUCGACGGCAACGUUGACGACGGCGGUGCGCCGCCACCGCCGCCAAUGCCACGCUGGUGGUGGUUUCGAAGCUUUGGCUGCCCCGCCGCCCCUUAUAGCCAGGGCAACGUAUCCGCCUCCGUGGCGCUGGUGGGAUUCCGCCUUACGAUGCCGAUACAGUUUAAAGACGUCCCGGGGGUUCCAGAUUGUAGUGAUGAAUCGCUGGCGGAGCUUCGCGCCGCCGCCGCCGCCGCGGCGGCGGCGGCGGCGGCGACGGCAAUGACUCCGUCGGGCAACGACAGCAGUACGACGGCGGUGACGCUGCUGUCCGUGGGCUGCUCGUUUGUUGCUAGCCGCCGCCGCCACCACCACCGGCGGCGGCUACAGCAGCUACAGCAGCAGGAGACUUGUACAGCGCAUGUCAACACCCCCGUCUCCGUCGACACGCCUGUGCUGGACCUGGACGCCUUUAUCUCGUCCAGUACGGCAUCUUUGUCGUACAUGUACGGCGGCGCCUCAUGCCUUCUAGAUCCAACAUCAGCGGACAUCGACGUGACGUCCAAGCUGACAGUCUCUGUGUCGAUGCCCGCCGCCAGGGUGGCGAUGGCAUCAUCGGCGACGGCGACGGCCGACGGCGGCGGCGCCGAUGCGUCAGCCUCGGCGUCGGCCUGUACGGCAGGCGCGCAGGUGCUGGCGUCGUCGCUUGGUCUUAGCGAUGGCGAGGUGAUGGUGGUGGGCUGCCAGCUGUCAGCGGAGGCGCCACCGAGUGCCGUACCGCAGUCAGGCCGCCAGGGAGCCAGCCCGCCGCCCGGCAGUAAUAGCAGCGGUGGCGGCGGCGGCAGCAGCGGCAGUAGCGCUAAUAUUAGUAGGCAUGGGAGCAAGGCCAACGGAGCGGCCAUCGUUGCCGUCGCCGUCAGCGUCGCCGCCGUCGCCGCUGUGGCGGCGGCGGUUCUUCUGGGAGUGGCACUUGUACGGAAGCGGCGCCGCCAGAACCGCAGCGCGCGUUUCAUUAGUUCCUCGGAAGCCACGACAGGAAGGGGCGAACGAGCCUUCGACAACAUUUCUUCGACGCCAUUCUUCACGAAUGAUGCGAUGAAAGCGAAGACCGAAGACAUCGCGCAGUUCAGUCGAGUGGCGGCGGCGCCGCUGCCGCCGCCGCCGCCGCCGCCGGCGAUGCGAGCCGCUCUUGGAGAGGCCAUCAGAGGGCCAGAGGGUCGAUGUGGCACUAGCGGCGCUAUGAUGCCAAGCUCUUCCAAGAGCCUCGUGUCGUACAGGAUACGGGCAUGCUCGUCGACGUACGGCAGCGGGGCCGCCUUGGGCAGGGCUGUCAGCGGCAGUGGCGCGGCAGGCGGCAUGGGCGCUGAGGGGUCGGGGGGGGAUAGAUGGACGGCAUCACCGCCGGCGGCAUCGGCGGCAUCGGCAUCGGCGGCGGCGGCAUCACCGCGGUGCAACACGUACAGCAGCGGCGACGGCGGCGGAGCUGGUGCAGGCGCCGAGGUCGGCGGCGGGACCCCCUGGUCUCCGGAACAGAUUGUACGACGGCGCGGAGCGUUCCAUUGGGGCCACGUUAAUCAGCCGGGUUGUACGAAUGGCAGUGAUGAUGGCCUUGGCGGUGCUGCCGCCGCCGCCCCCGCCGUUGGGGAUAUGGUAUGCUGUACGUUGGGCGACGCCGCCGUACAGGGAACCUCAGACCGCGGCUCCGUUGCCCGAUCCUCAUCCUCACGUAGGGCCUCUGGCGGCGCCGACGGCGGCGGCGGCGGUAGUGCCGCUGGUGGUUGGUACGACCUUUUCGGUUUGGACGAAGCGAUGGCCGUCGGGGGUAGCGACUUUAGCAUAAGCAAUGCCGGCAACCUGCCGCUGGAGUUCUUCCCGCCGCCGCCAUCGUCAUACGACAGCUGUGGCGACAGAGCCGUCGGAGGUGCCCCUCGCCUUGUCGGUCAACAACAAACAUCAGCGAAAGAUCUGUAUCCAGGGCAACGGCAACGGCUCACCGCGCCAGCCGGCGCCGUCGCGACGGCGGUAGCGGUGGCGUCGACGCCGCCACCGCCGCCGCCAUUCUCGCCCAGGUCUUCGACGCCGGCUCUUCCGCAACUGCACCUCCGAUUUGCGCUUCCCGGAAUGGAUUGGUACGGCGUCCGAGAUAACACGCCGUGCGACGCAGAACAGAUUGGUGGUCGCGGCAGCGGCGGCGGCGGCGACGGCGGCGAUGGUCCAGGGGAUUUACCCGCCACGAACGACGGCGGCGAGGAGGGAGAUCUGCUCCGAGUGCAGUCGAGACGGCCGGCGUUUCUAGAUGGUACGGGAGGAACCCUCGCCGCCGCCGUCGCAGCGACGGUAAGAUCGUCCUGCAGCGGCAGUGGCGGCGGCGGCGGCAGCAGCGGCGGUACGACAUCACGCUCGACAGGCUGCCCUAGGGAGCUAUCCACACGUGUUGAGCCGCGCCGCGGCGGCUUCAUCCACCGGAACUCCGUCGCGCCGUACACGGGCCACCAGCCGUCGUUCACAUCGUACAUUCGUAAUCGGAAUUGCGCCUGUUCCGCGACUGAGGCCAUUGGUGGCGGCGGCGGCGGCGGCGGCGCUUGCUUCGAGGCCUGGUCGCCCUCUUCGAUGUCACCUCUCAAUAGCCCCUUACGCGGCGCGGUUGCUGGGGAGAUAUGUACGACACUGGCGGGAGUCAUAGGCGAUCGCCGCCGCAGCAGUGGGUACGAAGGCUUUGGCGGCGGCAGCGGCAGCAGCAGCGCCGCCGCCAACGCCGCAGCGGCCAGUGACAGGAUGAGGAGCGCCGCCGGCGCCAAGACCGACGCCUCGGACGACGAACAGGACGCAAGUACGGUCCGUACAACGGCCGAGCUGCCGCUGGCUCCACCGCCGUCCCCGUCGGCGGCGGAGAUGGCGCCUCAAUGGAUGGGCGGACUGUCGCGGCGGGCCAGGCCCAGUCCCGUACGGCACUCAGCCGACGGCGAGUGUGCCGCGCGGUCAGCCUGUGUUCCUCCGCCGGCGGCGGUGGCGGCGGUGCCGGCUGGCGACGGCGGCGCAGCGGCACCCGACGUCGCAGCAUCUGCCACCGUCGCAGCCGGUGCGUCUGCGGUUCCUCCAAACCUGGAUCCGAAUUCCGAUAGCGUAAAAUACAAUGUACGGCAGCCGCCGUACGUGCAGCCGUCAGGCACCCUGGAUUCGAACUUAAAAAUAUCGGGUCCUGCAGCGCCGCGCAGCGGCAGCGGCGACGACGACGCUGUCCAAGAUUCUGCGGAUGCCGGCGGCGGCAAUGACGACGCAGUACAGCACGGUUACGACAGCGGCGGCGGCGGCAGACGGCCUGCAGCGACCCAGCCAGCAUCUCCUCGCCCGUUGACAGGCCUGUCGAUAAGCCGCGGCGUAGGCCUGGCGUAUUGCACAGCGCCGGCGGCGCCGCUCCACGACAGCAGCAGCGGCAGUAACUCGCCGUACUCCCACAACAGCACGAAUGGGAGCGGCCCGAAUGGCUAUGUUGGCAGCGGCGGCGGCGGCGGCGGGGGGCGACGGAGGGUGGAGGAGCUGUCACCCGCCUUUGGCCCGUCACCGGCGAUGCGCGCGCGGCAGUUAGUCAGACGAUCCUCGUCUUGCGGCUCAUCCGACGGUGCCGUACCGUACGGCAUGGGGGGAUUGGUGGAUCCGUACGUGGAGGCUAAUGCGGGAAGCGGCGCAGCACGGCUCGCGAUGAUGAAGCGGUUGGCGGUUGGCCCUCCGCGACCCGCCUGGGGCCUUGUGCACGCUGGUGUCGCGCCAAUGAAGCGCAGCAUCGCAUCCGUUCAGUAUGUCAAGAGCCUCAACCAGGCUGAGGCAUCUGGCGCGGCUGCGGCACUUGCGGCGCCGCCCUCAGCUGCCGUGAUGGCGGCGGCGGCGGCGGCGGCUGGUGGUGGUUGUUGUGGUGGUCGUCACAGUUCCGUACCUGGGCGGCUCUUCCUGAGCGGCAGCAGCUCCCCGGGGGGUGACGGAGAGGGGUCAUCGCGAGCUUCGUCAGAGACCUCGGUUCCCUUUCUCCGGCUCGUGGUGUAG